AUGUCAGUCUGGGCUUGCGAAACCCAGGUGUGCCAAGCUCGCGCCAACACAGCACAAGAAAAAAAGAAUAGAGUGAAAGUCGUUCGAAAUUUGAAAGUUCGUGUUCGGGUUUUCCGCGCGCGUGGGGCAGUCGCCCCCUGGGCUUUGACCGUGGAGGACGAGGGGGGAGCGCUGCUCGGGCGGCUGCAGGGCGCGCUGCGGGGCGGCGCCGCAGCCGCUUCGCCCUCACGAGUCGCCAACUCCAUCAAAGGCUACCUCACUAACAAAGUUGGCUCGCUUCAAUUGAGAGAUACAGGAUGGGGAGAGUCACUGUUGUCUCUACCGAAGAGAUGGCUCAGUACUCAGGUCUACGGCACCGACGACGAAGACUUCAACCAGUGUGUGCAAGUGGCCAAGUUGCCGGUGCCGGAGCUGCAGCCGACCCUGGACUCGUACCUGGAGUUCGCGACGGUGAUCGUCAGCCAACAGCAGCUGGAGAAGACGCAGGAGCUGGUGAAGAGGUUCGCGGAGGACCUCGGACCCAAGAUGCAGGCGAAACUCGUGGAAAGGCAAAAAGAAAUGAUUAACUGGGUGACGGACUGGUGGCUGGAUGACAUGUAUCUGAAAGUGCGACACCCUUUGCCUAUCAAUUCAAACCCUGGCAUGGUGUUUCCAAGGAGGCAAUUCGCUAAAAUAGACGAAGUGGCAGACCUGGCCGCUCUAUACAUUGAUGAUCUUCUUGACUACAAGGAAAUGCUUGACAGGGGCGAAUUACCACAAGAAAGAGCCACCAGUCGCGAAAAAGGUCAACCUCUAUGCAUGGAGCAGUUCUACCGGCUGUUGGGCGUCUGUCGUAUACCAGAAGUUGGAAAGGACCGUCUAGAACUGCCCAGCAGUUCAAACGAUUCUAAAGAAUGUGAGGAACUGGUGAUCGUGGCGUGCAGAAACUAUUUCUACCCGAUCCCGGUAAAAGCAGUCGACAGAGGACGUCUAACUCCUGGAGAGAUUCAAGCACAACUCCUCACCGCUAUGGUGGACGCAGCCGGGGCACCUCCAGCGCCCAGGGUCGGGAUACUGACCUCCAUGAACAGAGACCAGUGGGCAAAAGCCAGGGAACAGCUUAUUAGAGAUGAAAACAACCGGGCGAACCUCGAACUGAUAUCUCGAGCUUUAUGCAUCAUGUGCGUGGACGAGGCAGGUGGGGACCGAUCCGAGCUGGAUAGUGACACCAACGCGCUGUUGCGGGCUAUGCAUGGUGGAGGUACUCGCCACCACUCUGCCAACCGCUGGUUCGACAAGACUGUACAGCUGAUCAUAUCAUCAGAUGGUACAGUGGGCAUGUGCUAUGAGCACAGCCCAGCGGAAGGCGUGGCAGUUAUUCGGCUGGCUGAAAGAGCUCUUGCAAGAGCAGAAGUAUCAGACAGGCCAGCUCCCCCACCCGUACUGUUGCCAGCACCGCAACCUAUGAAGUGGAAUCUUAGUGUGGAUUUGCAGAGAACUAUUGAACACGCUGCUAGGGAUUUUGACCGUGCAAUAUCGGAUCUAGAUUUAAAGGUGUACACGUACCGCAACUAUGGCCGGGAAUACAUGAAGUCCUGCCGCACCAGCCCCGAUGUCUACAUACAACUGGCUAUGCAAUAUGCAUAUUACAAACUCUACGGUUACCUUGUAUCGACCUACGAAUCAGCAUCUCUCCGUCGAUUCCGCAACGGCCGUGUGGACAACAUAAGGUCAGCUCACAGCGCAGCCCACGCGUGGGCCUCUGCCAUGUGUACUGCUGAUACUCCACCUCAGUCUGAGGAGGACGGUCAGAGAAAGGUCUCCUUCAAUUUGUAUGGGGAGCAAAAGAAACUGGAGUUAUUCGAGGAAGCAGCCCGCAAGCAAACAGUGAUAAUGGAAGCAAAUAUCCUGGGGCGUGGUAUCGACAACCAUCUCCUGGGGUUACGUGAGGCGGCAAGGGAGACCCUGGGACAAGUACCUGAGCUGUUCACAGACACCACAUACAGCCGCAUGAUAGAGUUCAAGCUCAGCACUAGUCAGGUAGCAACAACAACAGACGGCACAUUCAUGGGCUACGGCGCAGUCGUCCCCGACGGCUAUGGUUGCAGCUACAACCCGAAGAAGGACUGCGUUAUAUUCUGCAUAUCCUCCUUCGUAUCUUCUAGCGUGACCAACACGGAAGCCUUCCGGCAGUCUCUAGAAGAGGCUCUGGAUUCAAUGAAGCUCAUGUUUCAAAAUCGGAAAACUGAAAGCUAAGUAUUAGUAAUCCAAACUUUUAAGAAGUCAAACUUCAUGGGCGCAGGAGAA